GCGCCCCCCGGCGGACUGCCGGCCCCGGCACAGGCAGGCGGCGAGCGGCCGCCGCACCGGGCCGGCAGCGCGGGGGUUAAACGCCCAAGUAAACGUAGCGGCCGAUCGGCGCCGGAGAUUCGCGAGCCCGGCUCCCUGUGCCGCCGCCCGCCGCCGCCGCCCGCCCAGACCCACGGCUCCACUCCGGAGCCGCGCCCGAGCCAGGCUCCCGGCAGGAAACAAUGAAGGGAGACACCAGACCUCUCAACGGAGAGGAGGAUGCCAGUGGGAGGGAAGACUCCAUCACCAAUGGGGCCUGCAGUGACCAGUCCUCUGACUCCAAGGAUGCCCUCUCACCCCCAGUCCUGGAGGCCAUCAGCACCCCAGAGAUCAGAGGCCGAAGAUCCAGUUCUCGGCUGUCCAAGAGGGAGGUCUCCAGUCUGCUAAGUUAUACUCAGGAUCUUACUGGUGAUGGAGAUGAUGAGGAAGAUGAAGGCUCUGAUAUGCCAAUGCCAAAACUCUUCCGUGAAACCAGGACUCGUUCUGAAAGCCCAGCUGUCCGACCUCGAAAUAACAACAGCCAGGAGAGGCACAGGCCCUCCGCACGUUCUACCCGAGGCCGGCAGGGCCGCAGUCAAUCAGAAGAGUCCCCAGUGAUGUUCUCCAGUACCAGGUCUCUGCGCCGGCGGGCAAGCACACCAUGGCCUUCUCCUUCCAGCCCCUACCUCACAAUUGACCUCACAAAUGAUGAUGUGGUGUCACCACCAAGCAGCAGCACCCCUUGCCAGACCCAGGACAGCCAGCAGGAGAGCCUGGAGUGCCCACAGGUGGAGGAGGGCAAAGAUGCCGACAGUACUGAAUAUCAGGAUGGGAAGGAGUUUGGAAUUGGAGACCUUGUGUGGGGAAAGAUCAAGGGCUUCUCCUGGUGGCCUGCCAUGGUGGUAUCCUGGAAAUCCACAUCCAAGCGACAGGCCAUGACUGGGAUGCGGUGGGUCCAGUGGUUUGGUGAUGGCAAAUUCUCUGAGGUUUCUGCGGAUAAGCUGGUUGCUUUGGGACUAUUCAGCCAGCACUUUAACAUGGCAACAUACAAUAAACUUGUCUCCUAUAGGAAGGCCAUAUACCAUGCACUGGAGAAAGCCAGAGUACGGGCUGGCAAGACCUUCCCCAGAAGCCCUGGUGACUCCUUAGACAACCAACUGAAGCCUAUGCUGGAGUGGGCUCAAGGUGGCUUCAAGCCUACCGGUGUUGAGGGCCUGAAACCCAACAACAAGCAACCAGUUGUUAAUAAGUCGAAGGUUCGUCGUUCAGGCAAUGGGAAGUUAGAAUCAAGGAAACACGAUAACAAAUCCCGGAGACGCACAGCUGAUGACUCUGCCAACUCUGAUUACUGCCCCCCGCCCAAGCGCCUCAAGACAAAUUGUUACAACAAUGGCAAGGACAGAGAAGACCAGAGUCGAGAUAGCUGCCUGUCCUGUGGUAGGAAAAAUCCUAUGUCCUUCCAUCCUCUGUUUGAGGGUGGGCUCUGCAAGACUUGCAGGAAUCGCUUCCAUGAGCUGUUCUACAUGUAUGAUGAUGAUGGCUACCAGUCCUACUGCACCGUGUGCUGUGAGGGCCGAGAGCUACUUCUCUGCAGCAACACGAGCUGCUGCCGGUGCUUCUGUGUGGAAUGCCUGGAGGUGCUAGUUGGCACUGGCACAGCUGCAGAGGCCAAGCUACAGGAGCCCUGGAGCUGCUACAUGUGCCUCCCUCAGCGCUGUCAUGGUAUCCUGCGCCGCCGCAAAGAUUGGAACAUGCGUCUGCAGACCUUCUUUACCACUGACCCAGGAAGGGAAUAUGAUGCCCCCAAGUUGUUCCCUGCAAUUCCUGCACCCCGGAGGCGACCCAUUCGAGUUCUGUCCCUGUUUGAUGGGAUUGCAACAGGGUACCUGGUCCUCAAAGAACUGGGCUUCAAAGUGGAGAAGUAUGUGGCCUCUGAAGUGUGUGAAGAGUCCAUUGCUGUUGGGACCGUGAAGCAUGAGGGCAACAUCAAAUAUGUGCAUGAUGUCAGGGAUAUCACCAGGAAAGAUAUUGAAGACUGGGGCCCCUUCGACUUGGUGAUUGGUGGAAGCCCAUGCAAUGAUCUUUCAAAUGUGAACCCUGCCAGGAAGGGCCUGUAUGAGGGCACUGGCAGACUCUUUUUUGAAUUUUACCACCUGCUGCAUUAUGCACGCCCCAAGGAGGGUGAUGACAGGCCAUUCUUCUGGAUGUUUGAGAAUGUGGUAGCUAUGAAGGUCGAUGACAAAAGGGACAUCUGUCGUUUCUUGGAGUGCAAUCCAGUCAUGAUCGAUGCCAUCAAAGUGUCUGCUGCUCACAGAGCCCGGUAUUUCUGGGGCAACCUGCCAGGAAUGAACAGGAUCUUUGGCUUUCCUGUGCACUACACAGACGUGUGCAACAUGGGCCGUGGUGCCCGCCAGAAGCUGCUUGGAAGAUCCUGGAGUGUCCCAGUCAUCAGACACCUCUUCGCCCCCCUGAAGGACUACUUUGCCUGUGAAUAGUUCUUCUGGGAGGCCCUUGGCAUGGGGGAAUGGGACCAAGCCUGGAUCCAGAAGGUGCUGCCUGGGCUCUGCCCUUCCUCAACUCUGCUAUGUGGCUCUUGUCUCAAGCUACCUUUGUGGAGGGAACAGUACCCUUCCAGCAGGGGUAGCAUGACUUGCCACCUCAUUGUGCACAAUUCAGACCCGGCUGCUUGGAGCAGCCAGACAUGGUGCUCAUUUUUAUUUUCUAAGACUUUAAAAACUUGAAGUAGAUAGUAAGAAGA